GGUUGCGUUGUCAACAGGACCAAAACACAAGCACGGCAUUUUCAACACGUCUGUCUAAGCCACACCGUCUUCUGGGCAAUGGGCAUUUCGACGGGCGUAGUGUGUAUGUUCACGUCUGCUGAACCAGUCUUCCAGUUCUACCGGCAUGUGCUGUCAUAAUGUUAGCUAAAUUAUGCCGUAUGCAAAUUGAGUUGAUACGUACAUACAGAUUACAGCUGCGAUAUUAGCUUGCUAGAAAUCCAGGGAACUAAUAAACUUUAAGAUGACGAAUUGACUCCUUAGCUAGCUAGCUAGAUGAGCUAUAUUUUAUGUUGGCUAUUUAGCUAGCCAUUUUAGCCGCACUGCUCGCUAAGCAGUUUAGCGCUAGAAACAUGCCUAACUGGCCAGUCUUGACAUCUGGACGUUCGGUAUGAAUGGGAUUGACUGAGGAUUUCUUCCUAUGCAACGAGUGACAUUGAUGUGGAAUAGCUGGAAUAGCUAGCUAAAAUGGAUGCAGUUUCGCAUCAGUUUAUUUUACUUUUGUUUAGCUCGCUAACGUUAGUUAACAGUAUGAGCGUGCACUUCUAGUGGAGCCUGCUGAAAUGGGAAUCUCGUGGUUAAAUUCUUAACGUUUGCUAAGUAAGCUAGCUAGUAAUCACAACAGGGCAGCUGACUUGAUUUACUAGUUAGUCUACGUUACCACUUGCCAGCUAGCUAACUACAGAAAUGUGUCGGUGGAAAUCUGGGGUUGGGCUGUGUCCUUUAUGAAUAUUUAAUAAAGCCGUAUUGCCUAAAUUGGCUAAAUAGCUAACUAGCUAGAUAUGUGGCGAGCUGAUCUUCUACUUCGCUUGCUAGCGAUAGAUAACUUAUAUAGCUAUGUGCCUUGCGAAUAACAGAAUGUCUAGCUAGCUAGGUACUUCUCAUAAAUCAUCGCUUACAACCAACUGGUGAGUUGCACUGCGCUAUUUGGUAGCGAUCCUCGCUAGUAAGCUAUUUUCAUUUACAUAAUGAGUGACCACUAUGUGAAAGUUAAGGUCCAGUUAGAGCAGAUGAAGUCGGCGGAUGAAGAAGGCAAGGAGGCAGCUGCGGAAGAGGAGGCAGUGCUGUCUUCCUCGCCUGGGUCUGCCUCUCCAGUUGCUGCUACUGUUGGAGGUCGGAGGGAUGCUGUCCGGACCUCUGUGGCCAACAGACGCAGGAGUAAAAGUAGGGGCAAAAAGGGGUCUCCUGACAAUGCAUGUAGUCUGAACGUCAAACAGGAGGCCUCCAAACCACUACAGGAAACGAUAGAAACCACUGAGGGGAAAAUGAUCGACCGCAACAGUAGCGAGCAAAUGCUUCAAAUCAAAGGAACUGGCAAAGUGCUGCAAGGGAAAAUGGAAACAAAUGGUGUUGUGGUGCCUAACCAUAGAUCGAAGGACCAGCGCACCAAAGAAGAUGGUAAUAAACUUACUAAGAAGAGGAAACUAGUGACAGUAGACACUUCCAAAGCCAAGACGUCUCUUGAGGCUCUAAAAGUCAGCAUCAGACAACUCAAGUGGAAAGAGCUUCCUGGAGGUCGACGUGUGGCCUGUGACAUAUACUGGCAUGGGGUGUCUUUUCAUGACAACGAGAACAUUGUGUCAGGCCAGGUCAACAAGUUCCCAGGGAUGAUUGAGAUGUUGCGAAAAAUCAACCUGAGUCGAGCUGUGCGAACCAUGCAGGAGCUGUUUCCUGAAGAGUACAACUUCUACCCUCGUUCUUGGAUCCUUCCGGACGAGUACCAGCUGUUUGCCACUCAGAUUCGCCUGGCAAAAGACAGUGACUCAUCCCUGAAGCCCACCUUCAUAGUGAAGCCAGAUGGGGGGUCCCAGGGCGACGGGAUCUACCUCAUCCGUGACCCCAGUGACCUGCGGAUGAUUUCGGGCGCCCACAGCAAGCACGCCGUUGUCCAGGAGUACAUCCAGAAGCCCCUGCUGAUAGACAAGCUCAAGUUCGACAUCCGGCUGUACGUGCUGAUCAAGUCCCUGCAGCCGCUGGAGAUCUAUAUUGCCAAGGAGGGCCUGUCACGCUUCUGCACCGAGCCGUACCAGGAGCCCAGCCAGAAGAACCUCAACCAGGUCUACAUGCACCUCACCAACUACUCGCUCAACGUGCAGAGCGGAAACUUCGUCCACUCGGACAGCACCAACACGGGCAGCAAGCGGACCUUCUCCAGCAUCCUGUACCGCCUGGCCUCCAAAGGCGUCGACAUCAAGAAGGUGUGGUCCGACAUCAUCUCCCUGGUCAUCAAGACUGUCAUCGCCCUGGUGCCCGAGCUCAAGGUGUACUACCAGGCUGACAUUCCGCCUGGCAAACCAGGCCCCACCUGCUUUCAGAUUUUGGGGUUUGACAUCUUGCUGAUGAAGAAUCUGAAGCCUGUCCUGCUGGAGGUGAACGCUAACCCGAGUAUGAGAAUCGAACAUGAGCAGGAGGUUUCUCCAGGAGUCUUUGAAUACGUUCCCAGUCCCGUGGACAAGGAGGUGAAGGUUGGAGUCAUCCGGGACACACUGAGGCUGGUAGACCCCGCACAGAGGAAGCCCCCGCAUCCCACGUCACUCCCACUAGGCAAUGGGUCAGAGCUGCAGGAUGACAUCCUGGAGGUGGGGUCACCAGACAAGGCCGAGCCGGGGGAUGGGGUCCAUGUGGGGCACACCUUGCCCUCGCUCUGUCUGAAGCAAGUUUUCCCCAAGUACACCAAGCAGUUCAACUACCUGCGCAUGGUGGAGCGCAUUGCUGCUCUGUUUGUGCGCUUCCUAGGAGUGAAGGCGACCAUGCGGCUGGGCCCCACGGGAUUUCGCACCUUCAUCAGAAACUGCAAGCUCAGUAGCACUAGUUUGUCGAUGGCGUCCGUGGACAUUCUUUACAUUGACAUCACACGGCGCUGGACCGGCAUGGCGUCUGACUCAAGGGAAGCAGGCAUGGCCCUGCAGGCCUUCAUAGAGGCCUUCUUCUACCUGGCCCAGCGGCGCUUCCGGGCGCUGCCUCUGCGAGACCAGGUGCUCUCCCUGCUGGAGCUGUGUGAGGUGCAGCUGCAGGUGGGGGAGGAGAGACGGGCCCUCAGCACCAAGGCCCCAGGCGAGCGCAGGACAGCGCAGGGGCCCGCACAGCCCCCGCCCCCGGGCCAGCCCGGCUCCCCGCCCGCCGUCCGAAAGCCCUCCGACUGCCGGCCCCAGCAGCCGCUGCGCCCCGCCCUGCAGGGGAACACGGAGAACUGAGCGGGGGUCGCCAGCGUACGCCCAGCGCUGAGAGAGAUCUGCACCAUGGGCCACAGCCUCCAUCUGCCAAUGGAACAGACACCUCCUCCUUCAAGAUGCCAGAGGAGCCGCCCAAGGACGUGCGGAAAGUCCGCUCUGUCGCCACGGUUACAGGGCGCAGGGAGCGCUCUGUGGUCUUACAUCCCCGGUGGCCGUGCUGGGAUGCCUGGAUUUAAAGACAUAUUUGGGUUUUUUGUUUUGUAUUUGUUUUUUUAGCUAAUAUUUUAGAUUGAUUGAUUAAUUUUUCUUACAGGGAGUGCAUUGCAUCACCCCUUGCAAUAGCAUGCAGUCUCUUUUCAGGGAAAUCUUGGAAGCUUUAAUUACGCGGCCGAUCGAGUCUGUGGUUCUACAGACGUUGCAGACGCCGAGAUACUGUAGGAUGGGGGGGGGGGGGGGGGUGCUGAAUUGGGCUCUGGUAAACGAGCAUGUAGUUUGCACAAUGGCUUCAGAACAGAUAACCUCCGAUCAGGUCUCUAUAAAUGGAGCCCUGUUCCAGCCAUGCGGGACGUUGCCACGGUGAAUGUGGAAGUCGUGGUCCCCUGCGGUUCGAUCGGGGGUCCAUCGUGGCUGGGGGUCGUUCUCUCCAAUCGAAGGAAAUGUGGCCCCGGUCUCCUUACUGGCAGCCUUACGCAAAUACCUGACUACAUCACAGGAAUCAGGAAGGGGAAAAAAGCACUGUCCGUUACCAUUUGUGUUUCAUUUAUUUAACAUGAAAUAUUUGUUUUAUUUUGAAGAAUUUUUUUUUUCACUUACUCAGUUAAAUGCUGUGUAUUGUAGGGCACUGUGGUGUCACAUUGUUAUUUCACGCAGAAUGAAUUUACAAUCACUUUGGUUCCUCCCAUUACAGUACAGUACGUAUAAUAUGCUUGACAACGAUAAACCGUAUAGAAGUAUAUGUCAGUAAACAUUCAUGUUUUUUUCACUAAUCACUUAAUACUUGCUACCACCUCAGACAAUUAGGAAAAAACACUAAGCAUUACUGGGAUGUAUUCUUGAUGAUACAAGAAGACAAAAUAAAGUGCUUUGGAUAACAGAAA